CUAGGUGACACUGCUGUCGCGAAAAGUGAUAGACAUACCAAAAUACUGGAUUUUUUUCCUUUAUAAAAACUUGACAUCAUUUUUGUUCCGAGCUCGAUUAUGCACUUUUUUUUUACUUUGAUCUUUUCAAAUAUUGUAAGCCGUAUAUGACAGCUGCCAGUCAUUCGUCGAAAAAUACCAAUCAUGCCGUAACAGUAGAAAGCGAAGAACGCAACUUACUGGUUCACCCUGUACCAUCGAGCGUUAUCAUUGUCAACGAAUCUACACCACUCAUUUCGCAAGAGCAGCAAUUAGCAGGAGGCUCUCGACAUCGAGACGACUCAUUUAAAAUUGCGUCAUGCUUUACCCUGAGCACCGAUGAACAGACAAGAGAAGCCCAAAUACGAAGUCUAAUUUUGCUCAGUCUUUCUUCAUUAUUAUUUGCUUGUGUAUCUGUUAUUGUUAAAUGGAUCGGUACAGAAUGGUCCUCCGUGGAUAUAGUAGUUGCUCGAGCUGCCGUACAGCUUCUACUUGGCUUGGUUGGAUGCUGUGUGGUACAAGUGAAUCCUUUUGGUCAAAAAGGUGUUCGUCGUUGGCUCUUCUGUAGAGCGGUAGCGAGUUCUAUAGCCUUGUUCUUCUUUUUUUACAGCUUGACUAAACUAUCACUGAUAGAUGCAACGGCUAUCUUCUUUUUAGGCCCAGUAUUUAAGGCCAUGUUCAGUUGUGCAGUUAUGAACGGGAGCUUCUCGUUUCUCGAUGCAUUUUACUCCAUUAUAUGCUUUACUGGUCUAUUCUUUGUGUCGAAGCCUAAUUUUCUAUUUCGGAACAUUGUAACUGAAGAAGAACAAGAUUAUGAUCAUUUCUUUGCAGUUGUAUCAGCUUUAUUAGCGGCAGUAAUGUCAGCGACAGCAUAUAUCACUGUCAGCAAAAUCAGCCAAAGAACACAUAUCAUGGUCCAUGUUGUUUACUUCGGCCUGGUAUCACUUUGUAUAGGUAUUCCUCUUCAUUUAUUUUCAGUCGAGAGAUUAUUUUUGCCUAAAGACACAAGAGAAGCCGGUCUGCUCAUCUUGGUUGGCAUAUUUGCUUUUAUUGGACAGUACCUGAUUAACCUUGGCCUGAAAAAAGCACCAAGAGGUCCAGUGAUCUUGCUUCGUGUUUCUGAUUUUCUAUACGCUUUCAUAUUUGAUAUUGUUUUAUUCAAGAAUAUACCUGGAUUUUAUACAUUAUUAGGAUCUAUUUUGGUAGUGGUAAUGACAACAGCUAUCAGUCUCCACAGAUGGCAUCAAGACGAAGUCAAGGCUGCUACAUUAAGACAACGUAAAUCAAAAGAAAGACUCAUUCAACAACAAAAACUUCAAAAGAUGAAGCAACAACAAGACAAACCGCUUCAGCGGGAACAGGCGAAAUAAGUCGUAACAAUACUGUUUGGCAGUUAGUAGCAUGCUUACAUUGUGUUUUGAUGAUUGCUUUGUAUCGAAUCUUGAGAAUGCCAAUUCCCCCAAAUACGUCUCAUUUUGUAAAGUAUAAUUACCCAAAUACCCCCACUCUGAUUACACCUAUUCGCAUCUAGUAUUUAUCACUUCUUGGCUAGUAACAGUUACAGGCUCACAAUAUAAAACUCUGUUCGGCUU